AGGAAUGCCAUUAACGAAGAGGCAAUCGUAUCUUGGAGGCAUCACUGAAUAUCAUUCCACGCUCGCAUCUCAUAAAGGAUUUUUUUCGUCAUUCCUUCUUCCAAAAAAUUAUUCCAAAACGCUGCAACCGACACCAGCAUAACAACAACAAUGCAGCCGGCAUGAUAUUCCAAAACAAUAAUCCUAUAAAUUCCUUCUGCACCGCUAUUUUAUCUCGGGUUCCCACACAAAUCAAAGAGAAGAGAAGUGGAAAUGGAAGAUGAAAAUGACACAGUGGCGGUCGUGGCGGGGCGAUACUUCUGCGCUCCGUAUCCCAUCGAAUUAACACUGCAGAAAGGAGGGAAAGAUUUCAUCAUCACAGAUUCCAAUGGAAAUAUCGUCCUCAUUGUGGCUGCUUUCCAUGGCAAACGCCUUCUCCAAGACGACAAGGGAAAUGUGCUCCUAACUAUGAGAAAAAAGAAGCUUUCGAUGCACAAGAGAUGGGAAGCGUAUAAGGGCCGCACCUCCGCUCACAAAAAGCUUCUCUUUACUGCUAAAAAAUCAUCAAUGUUUCAGCUUAAGACGGUGCUUGACGUGUUCCUGCUCAGUAAUUUCGAUCAAAAGCACUCUGAUUUCCGUGUAAAGGGCAGCUAUUUACAGCGCGACUGUACAAUUUAUCGAGGAAAGCGUGUGGUUGCAGAGAUGAAGCGGAAAUAUACUACGACAAAUGCGGUGAUGGAGAAGGAUACGUUUGUAGUGGUGGUGGAGCCCGGAAUAGAUUGCGCGUUCAUUGUUUGUCUUGUAGUUAUUCUGGACCGAAUUACCAGAAAGUCUCAGGGAUGAAGACAAUCAAAUUAUACAUAUAUUUUUACCAGAGUUUUGCCAGUGACAUCGUUAAUCUAAUGAAUUUUUACGGCGAUAAAACUCUGUCAUCACAAGUGUACAAAACGACAUUAAAGGGCUUGGCUUUAUAUUAGCGG